UGACAGCCUCGAACGGAUUUCCUGUGCGCGAGGCUUGGGGCGGGGCCUCGGUGUGUCCGCCUCUCGUCUCACCACGCGACGCGAAGCUGGCGGUUUGCUGGUGGGUCCCCUGCGCAGGCUCAGGAGCUCGCGGACCCCAGGCGCCUCCAGGCAACCGGACGCCAACCACGGCGGAGGGAGCAAGGAGGUUGCCAAGCACCAGCCAGUUAUGGCCUUCACCUCCAAUACCCUAAGGGAAGGCCUGGGACCUGGCAGUUCGGUGGUCACCUCGAAACGAACCUGGAAGACAUCAUCUUUUCAAAGAGAAGGAUGGUGGAGAAUAGCAUUACGAAAUACGCCUAUCCCUGGCACUUACCACUUGAAAACUUUUAUUGAAGAAUCCCUAUUAAAUCCAGUGAUAGCAACCUACAAUUUUAAAAACGAAGGAAGAAAAAAACCAUCUCUUGUGCAAAGAAACGAUCCAGUACUAAAUGACCUUCCCCUGUAUGUACCUCCUGACUUCUUGGACUUGUUAAAGAAGCAAGGAGCCACUUACUCAUUUAAAGACAAACCACGGCCAAGCCCCAGCAUGCUGGUUUACAAAGAUCAGUCAGUUAAGCUUUCACCAGGGCAAUACGAUCUACUUCCUGCACCAGUUCCCAAGCACGCUUCCAGGAGCUUCGUAUUUCGUUCUGCAGUUCAAAGAUUUCCAACAAGCUGCUUCACUCCUCACGAAGGCCCAGGACCAGGUCAUUAUGACUUGAAAAUACCUCAAGCAAAUUCUGUGACUUCUUGUUUUCAGUCUAGAGUACCUCGAUUCCUGUCCACCCGUUCUAAAACCCCAGGCCCGGGAGCGUACACAUCUUCAGCACAAUCCCCCAAGCAGGCACCGACCAUAGCCAAAAUGGGUCGAGAACAUAGCCUUUUCUUCAACAACAAUUGGCUUUUAAAAUAAAGCCUCUGUGACCCUAA